ACAGCCAGAGUGUGAAUUUUACAGUUGCUGUGUGUUUUUAGUGUUAUGUUGUUUCUUUUGGAUUGCGUUUACUAUGGAUUAUUUACAAAGGAUCAAUAUAAAUAAAGACAUCAAUUGUUAGCUGACUUUGCCACACUGAGGAUAAACUUAUGGAAUUUAUUUGCAUUUAAGUGUUUUAAUCAUGAUAUAGCCUAGUAUUAAUGGAUACUUUCUUGUGUUUCGCCAUUUUUCACCAUUGACGGCAUUGAACACCAGUCUAUGGAAUAUUGCGUUGAAAGGCUUUGAAUCCUCUUAUCAUGAGGAAUCAUUGCUUUCAAUAGCCUACAUAAUCUUUACACGGAUAUCGGAGGGAGAAUAAGGAAUAUUGAGUGUUUAUUAAUGUGGAGUAUUUAUUUGUGUGUUUUACUAGAAAUUUGUAGCUAGUAAUGUGGAGUAAUGGCCUACAAACACAUAAUAUAUUUACCAUAUUAUUGUGGUGUAUUUAUCUGUGUCUUCAGUAUACUAACAUAUCAAGUUUGGGCAUCAAAUCCUGAAAUAAUUGAGCAUCCACAAGACGACUAUGUUGCAAAAAAUGAACCUGCAACUUUAAACUGCAAAGCUGAAGGAGACCCAACACCCAAAAUUACUUGGUAUCUAAAUGGAAAACCUGUAAUAACUUCUCCAGAAAACCCUUCCUCACAUCGUAUGCUUCUUCCAAGUGGACAGUUAUUCUUUUUACGCAUCAUCCACAAUAAAAAUUCUAAACCUGAUGUUGGAGUCUAUUAUUGUAAUGCCACAAAUAUUCAUGGUUCAGCAAUAAGUCGAAAUGCAACUUUAGAAAUAGCUGUCUUAAGAGAUGAAUUUAGGGAAGAACCUACAGAUGUUACUGUGGCAACUGGAAAAACGGCAACCUUUAACUGUAAACCACCAAAAGGUGAACCUGAACCAGAUAUAUUGUGGCAUAAAAAUUAUGAUCCUAUUCAAGACGAUGGUCGGUUAACUGUUACCAAUGGUAAUUUGAUCAUUCAGUCAGUUCAGGUAUCCGAUGUUGGAGAGUAUACCUGCUUAGCAAUAAAUAAGGGUGGGGAAAAGGAAAGUCAGCCUGCCAAACUGACUGUUUUAGAAAAGCCAAAAUUUAGCCAUAUGCCAAGUGACGAAGUUGCAAAUGAACAAGAUAUAGUGGAAUUAAAGUGUCAGGCAACAGGAGAUCCAAAACCAACACUAGAAUGGAGAAAGGAGGAUGGUAGAAUACCAUAUGGAAGAGCUAGACAGUUAAAUGAUGGAACAUUAAGAAUAGAGAAAGUUGAAGCAAGCGAUGAUGGAACAUAUGUUUGUGUUGCUGAAAAUGAUGCUGGAACUGUAGAAGCUGUAGGAAAAUUAAUUGUCAACACACACCCCUCAUUUCAAGUGAGACCAGAGAAUCAAGUUGUAGGACGUGGUAGAACAGUUACAUUACAAUGUGUUGUAACAGGAAACCCAACCCCCACUGUAUUUUGGAGUAAAGGUACAGAACAGAAUCUUAUGUUCCCAAAUCAAGAAAAUGGAAGAUUUUCUGUGGCUGAAGAUGGAACAUUUCGUGUUGAACGAGUCAGAUUUGAUGAUGCUGGUGAAUACGUAUGUCAAGCUCUAAAUGUGAUAGGAAGUGAUAAAGCAUCUGCUACCAUUGAAGUUCGAGAGCAAGAUUCUAGACCACCCCCCAUUAUCAAGAUCGGUCCACAAAAUCAAACUUUACCUUCUAAAGAGGUUGCCUGGUUACCAUGUGAAGCUAUUGGUGACCCACAGCCAACGAUUAGAUGGUACAUGAGCGGAAGACCAAUUGUAACCAAUGAUCAUAGAAUUACUGUUUUGGAUUCAGGGACAUUACAAAUAUCUGAUGUUAGAGUUGCUGACAGUGCUACUUAUACAUGUAAAGCUGUUAGUGAAACUGGUGAGACAACAUGGAGUUCCUCUUUAGCAGUUACAAGUCAAGGUCCUUAUCAUAGAGUAAAGAAAACAUCCACAUUGCCAGGAGCACCAUCUAAACCUAUUAUUACAGAUGUGACAGAUACAUCUGUUCAUUUAACAUGGCAACCAAACAGAAAUCAUGGUGAUUCACCAGUUUUUGAAUUUAUUGUGGAAUAUUUCAGUCAUGAAACACCUGAGGGUUGGAAGAUUGCUUCUAGUUCUGUAACAAGAGAAAGUAUUACUGUUAGAAAUUUGUUGCCCAGUACCCACUAUGUGUUUGUGAUUCGUGCAAGGAAUUCACAUGGUAUAGGUCUUCCUAGUGAUGUAUCGGAUAUCAUUGUUACUAGAGAGAGACGGAAACCCCAUUCUCGUGUUAAUUUAACCCGGAAAGAAAUAGAAGAAAAACUAGAUGGCAUGGUUAUUGAGGUAUUAAAAGGAGAAUCACUGAAUUCUACUGCAAUUAAAGUGACCUGGAGGCCUCUGAAAGGAUUUGAUGCUAUGGAUGGUUAUAUUAUUAAAUAUAAACAAAUCAAAGAUCUGCGUAAAAUGAAAUAUGGAAGCACAGAAAGCCAAAGAAUAUAUGAUCCUCAUAUUACUUCAUACACGCUUUCUGGUUUACAUAGUUAUGCAUGGUAUGAGAUCUGUGUGCAAGCAUUUGGUGGCGAUGUAAAGUCUGUCUGUAGUGAUAAAAUUAAAGUUCCAACCAAAGAAUCAAUUCCAACGUCUCCACCUGAAAAUAUCAUGAUUGAUAAACAAGAUAAUAAUGCUAUACAGGUCAGAUGGUCACAGCCAAAUAGAGAACAUAGAAAUGGCAAUAUCAUAGCUUAUGAAAUUUAUUGUAUGGAUAAUGAUAAGAAACAUAACUGUAGCUUGCGUGCUAAUGGAACAACAUAUGGUAUUCACAUAAAAAAUAUUGAUAGUGAAACAACCUAUCGCAUUAAAAUUGCUGCACGCACAAAUUCUGGAGUUGGUGCAUGGAGUAAGAUGUUUAUUAUCGGUCCUGAACAACCAAACAUAAUGAAAGAACCAUGGUUUAUUGGGAUGCUAAUCAGUACAAUUGGUGGUACUCUUUGGCUAGCACUCUGUGUAUUCAGUAUAUGGCUUUGCCGAAAACGUAAAAAUCGUAAGAAAUUGGCACAGAAUGGAAUGUACAGUGCUGUUCCGGUACAUAAAACAGAGGAGUCAUCCAGAAGUGUAGCAGAUGUUGUAUAUGCCCAAAAAGAUGGUAACAUUCAUAGCAAUAUAUCAGGUUAUGGUGGUCUUCAAUCAGAUCUUGCUAGUUUACUGGAAAAUGGUUGUAAAGAUGUUGAGCUCAAAGAUCAAAAUAUAUAUAAUACAGCUGGCAUGAUACCACAGAUGAAAACAUUUUAUCAAAAACCAAACACUAUUCCUGUUUCAGUUGCACCUUAUGCUACUACUACUUUAAUAAAUACUACUGGAAUGCCAGGUCAUUCACAUCAAGGAAGUAAUCUUUCCCUUGGCAUUUAUGAAACCUGUAUGGAAAGCACAUUUCGACCUAUCAAUCAUGCAUAUGUUCACAGUAGCGGUUCAGGAGAUAGCUGUCAGAAACCUGAACUCAGAUCAAGUGACUCGCAUUCUGAUAACAGUGGACCCAAUACAAGCUGUCAUCAUGAAAAUAUGGAAAUGCUUAGUCCAGCUAGUGAUAGUGGAAGUCUAACUACAGAUGAAUAUGGUAUGCCCAUCAAACGCAAUCAGAAAGUUCCAAAACACAUGUAUCAAGGAAAACAAGGAAUGGUGAAUUGGUCUGAGUUAUUGCCACCUCCACCAGAACAUCCACCACCUAGUGAUGUAGGAUCACCUUCUGAAUCUCCAAUAAACACACUUCAAAGAUUAGAAAGACAAGCAUAUCGACAAAAUAAUGACAGAAGUCCUAUAUCACCAGUUUCUAAAAUAUCAGCUUGUUCUUGUCCUGUGCCCCAUGAUAGAAUGCCAACAAAUAUUCGUAAUGUAGCCUACUCUGACAAUGAAUUUGGAAUGCAUUCACCAAGGAUGCAUGAGUGCCGUCCAUAUUCACCUAAACAGCUCAAUUCUCGUCAAACUCGUUCACCUGUUCACGAUGGCAGAAUGUCUCCUAGUAAGAUGUAUAAUUACGAAGCAUGCCACCAUAUUGCUGAUAAAAAUGACUAUAGUAAUGUGUAUCUCCCACUAUCAUUUUACAAUGACAGUGAAAGUAGAAAUGGGGUAAUGGGAGCAUCAGUAUUUACACCAGCAGCCCUUCAAGGGUAUCAUGUAGAGUCUAACAGUAGAAUGUGUACACAGUGUUCCCAAGAUGGAGUUUCUGUGGAUAGAGCAUGCCAAUCAUCAUUGCCAAGUCUUGCAAGUGAAUGUGUACAUUCAAAUUAUCAGAGCAGAAAUGGUGAUUCUCCUGUGUCCGAGGAAAUGCCAGAUUAUUGUGAAGAGUCUGACGUAGAAGCGACUCAGCCGUAUGGUUCUAGUAUAAACGAGGAUGGCUAUUGGGUCAGCACUGAUCAAGCAAACACAAGUAGUAGUUCCUGUUCCCAGGAUUCAAGUGAUGAAUCUUUUCUCGCAGAAGCUGAUUUUGCAAGUGCUGUAGCUAAAGCAGCUGAGAUGUCUGGUUUAACAGUUGUAGGAACAACAGUUUCUGACCCGAAAAAUGUUAGGAAAUAUCGCAAACAUCAACGAGCUACUCCAAGACCAUCAAGUCCAUAUAGUACAGAUAGCAACAUGAGUGCUGUAGUUCACAAACCCUAUCCUAAGUCACAACGAAAGAAACAAUUGGCUGACCAAGCUAGAUUUCCAAAACAACAAAUUUCUGACCCACAACAAUUUUACCUCACAGCUGGAGAGAUGAUGCAAAGAGCUGCCAAUAGUUCAGAGAAAAACUUAAACAAGAAGUAGCCGAAAUAUUCUUGUUGGUUGCAAUGCAAUGUAAUAAAAAUGCUUAAUAAGUACUGAAAGAAAUGGAUAAAUAUACAAAGGUAGAAAAUAGUGACAGCCAAAAGAGUUAUAAAAUGAUUCUUGUUAUUGGAAUUACAUGUAUAUUUACCUUGAAUUUUUCUUGCCAAUAUUUCCCAUGUUUGUUUUUAUGAUUAAUUUUGUAUUAAAUCAUUUAUUCUCAUUUUUAUACGCCCACAUUUCAGUGUGAUAUACAAUAAUUAAUUAUUGUUUAUCAACUUAACUGAAUAUCAAAUGCAUCAUUUCGAUCCCAUCAAACCGUCUGUAAUUGGUUUGUGUUACCAGUUUCUAUUGAUUGGAAGUUUCUCACAUUGCAUUGUGGGAGUAUUGUGUCGUCAUCCUGUCCGUAGGCCCGUUAACAGUUGGCUUGUGAAUCUGAUAGAGGCUGCAGCUUUUGACAGAUUAUUCAAACUUGGUGUAAAUAAUCAUGAUCAUGAGAGGACAAGCCCUAAUGAUAUUCAGUGUACCGUGACUUCUGGUUUCCCAGAGUUAUUUCCCUCCCCUUGCUAAAAACCUUGUCAACACUAUACAGGCUGUAGUUUUUAUACGUCAACAUGAAAAUGUGGUUGUAUAUUGCCUUCUGCCCUGUCCGUUCGUCCUUCGUCUACAGACUACAUUUAUUAUCCAGUCUUUUUGAAAUUUAUAUUGGUGAGGUGGAGAAGCCUAUUUGUUUUCAACAGUUUAUGUUAAUUACUUCUAGAGUUAUGGCCCUUCCUUCACUUUGUUGACAAAAGUUAUCCGCCGAUCUGUGUUAAAUUAUUGAAUUUUCAUUAAUUACUUCUGUAACAACGAAAGUUAUUUGAUCUGUAUGAAAUUGAUAUGAAUCAUUUAAAUAUAUGCAACGAACAAGACUAUUGAGUUUUAACAAUUUCCUUCAAUUACUGCUAGAGUUAUAGCCCUUGAUUUACUUUGUUGAACCCUGUGAACGCAAGAUUGACAAAAGUUAUCAGCAGAUCUGUAUGAGAUUUAUAUACAUGAUUUGAAUUAGUAAAAUGAAAAAGCCCUUCGAAUAGAACCUUGUAAACCCUCAAAUAACGAAAAUUAUAAUCUGAUCUGUAUGAAAUUGUUUUGUAAAUGCCCCUAUUUGCUUACAAAAGAAUAAAUAUGCGACCGAUAUUAAUAAUGAGUAAUCCCCUGUUUGUUGAUUUUUUUUUUCAAAUUUUGUUGGAACCAUUGGGGUCUUAAGAGGAUGAACCCAAGUUAUUACAUUUAUUUAAGGAUCCUAGAUCCUUAUCAAAUUUUCUCCACAUCAAAGUUUUUCUUUCGGAUAAGCUGCAAUUGAGACACAGUUGCUGUGUGGGGCUUGGCUAUCUUGCUAACAUACGAAACCAUGUAUAUAUUUAGUUUUAAAUGGAACUGUUGAGUGAUAGUUAUUGUAAAUAGAAAAGGUUAUCGUACAGAAUUUUGUUCUGCGGACAAGUUAAGCUUUAUUCAUCCAGUGUAAAUUCAUUGAAAGGUGGUUGUAUAUUGUUGUCACCAUCGUUCUUUUGGCUGUCAUCCAAUUGACUGUAGAUUUAUACACAGUUUCUAGGUAAUGACACCAAGAUGCCUAUUGAUAAUUUUUACCCCAUGGAUACUCCAGAGGCUAAAUCUGACUUGAAAUUUAUUCAUAGUUUUUUUAAGUUCAUGAUAUGAAGAAACGUAAUGAUUUUCAUUGAUUUUCCAAUAAUUACAGAAAAAUCUUGUCAAUGUUCUGAGGCUAAUGUUAUAAUCAGAUUGACUUCCAAUUUAUACACAUUGCUCCAGUAGUUCUAUUGAUUUUUUAAUAAUAUCUGAUAAAAUGAUCAGCUAAAUUUAUCAUCUGAUUGCUGUUAGUACCAGGAAGAUCUAAUCAAUUAGGUUUUGAGUAUCUUGUAAAUGUUUUAAUUAUCUACAUACUUUGCAAACUUUAUGGACAACUUAGUUGCUGUGGGCAUGUAGUCUGUCUUAUUUAUUCCUGUAACGGCAACACCAAAAAAUGUUUUAAAAUAUCGAUUUGCAUUCAUAUUUAUUAUGUGGUUUAUGUUUGUUGAAAAAUUGUACUUAUUGAGUGCUACAAGUUCUGUCUCAUCUAAAAUAUAAGAAAAUAGAAAUAACAUGUUUGAUUUGAUGUACAUGUGAUUUUAUAUGUUUAUAUCCCAAUUCCAAUCUAGAUAAUUAGAUAUUUUUUACAUGCCACAUUGAAAUGUGGUCACCCCCAUCUGUCGAUUACAAAGGCUAAAAUUAUCAUCCAACUGACCUCAAAUUUAUAUGCUCGUGGGUUUUCUCUGUUUCCUCUACACGCAAGCAAAAUAUUGAAAUAAAAUUGAACCAUAUGUUAGUCCUGAAAUGACCUAGUUUAUGUCGAGUGGACAUUAAACUCGAUCUCUGUCUCUCAAAUUUAUAUGCAGUGUUUAAGGCCAUCAGACAAAAAAAGCACACUGAUUUUCGAGGAUUUCAAUUGAUUACAGCCAAAGUCUCCAUGUUCAUGAGACAAAGAAACUUUAUGAGGUGACAAUGAAAUUCUAAUUAUUUCUGAUAAUUCCUUCAGUUUUUAGUGUAUCAUGAAUGCUCCCAUUGCCCACUAGAGAAUGAAUAUGUGACAACCGCAGCUCGAGUGUAUGUAUCAUAGUCUGGCAACCUAUUUUGAUAUUAAUCAGCUAGUAUUCUCUAGAAUUUACAUCUUAACUAACCUAUUAUUAUCAAAUUGUAUAUAAUAAUUAAUGGAAUGAAAUCUUGUCAAUUAAAAUUUAUGACUGUGCAGUGUUGGAAAAAAAAAAUAUGUACACCAAAUGAAUAUAUUGGUUUAGUACAUUUCAAUGCAGUAUGUUUUACAGUUAUGAAUUUUUUGUGUUAAGACGUACAUAUCCGUCAUCGGUACAUGAAAUAUUUGUAUUACAUCCCAUCCCCUCCUGAAAAUUGUCUGACAACUUUGACAUUAUUAAGCAGAGGAAUAUAAAUAAGGGGCAGAUGUAAUGAUUGAAUUAUUUUUUGAUUAACUGAUAAAAAGCUAAAUGUCAUUUCUAUGAAUAGCCUAUAGAUUUGUAUUUUUCAAUUCUUGACUCCCUGUAUGUAAUAGAUAAUGUGAUAAAUUAGAUUUCAUUAUAAUUAUAUAUAUUGUUUGUGCAUAAUCCCGCCCCCACUUGUUCUAAACGCAAUAAGCAAUAUUAAUGUAUCUCAUAGAUUACAUUUUUAUAUAGAUAACUGUAAAUAAUUCAAUGUUGAUUGAUUUUGUACUUAUUUAGAUAUUUAUUCUUUGUGUGUAAGCUUGUUUGUUUUUUUGUAAAAAGCUGUUGUACAGUAAGCCAAGUGCAUAAUGUCAUAACUAAUAAAUAAAUAACCCUCCUCUU